AUGAUUGUAGAUGAUGCUCCAAUAAUAAUUGAAGAAAUUGCAUAACCUAUGGAUUAAGAGGCAUUUUUAUCAUAAGAAUAUGAAAUGCCUGGCAAUAAAUCAAGUAGAUUGGCGAUAUUUCCUCCCCAUUUUUAUUUUGGACUCGAAGAUAAAAGAAAUGCAUUAAAUUAUAUUGCUCAUGCAAAGGAUGGAAUUGAGUUCAAAAUAUAAAUAGGAUUUGAAAUCAAGGAUGGAAAUGCUUCAAUUCUAGUGAUUUGCAGUGCCUUGAAUGAAAUACUAGACUAAUCGUAAUAUCUAAAUAGUUUAAUAUAGGAAAAUUUAUAAAUUAUCUAGUACGGUAUUUUGUAAGAAAAACAAAAAAUAAAAAGAUGUUAAAUUGGAGGCAAAGGAGGUUAGCAUAAGAAUACCAUUGACCCAGAAAUAAAAAGAUGUUUAGUUUUGUUUAAUGAAUGAAAUUUCAAUUGAAGUUGCACCAAAAUAUAACAGUCGUGAUGAAGUAGGCUUUACGGGUAUUAUCAAUAAUGCUGCUACAUGCUAUAUGAAUAGUGUAUUUUAAAUAUUAUUCAAUUUGGGCAUAUUCUAGAAGCUUGUAUAUUCUAUAGAAUCUGAAUAACAUAAUCAAUUUCCAUGCACUGUAUUUAAUUUAUUAACAUUUUAGUUAUAAUCCUUGUUUUAUAAUCUGAAACAUAGUAAAAUAGCAAUAUCAACUCAGGAUAUAAUCAAAUCAUUUAAGUGGGAUGUGGAUUAAUAGGCAAUUCAAUAGGAUGUAUAAGAAUUCAUUAUGGAAUUACUAAAAGCAUUGGGAACUAAAGCUCCUUAGAUAGAAAAUGAAAUUAAUCACUUAUUCUAGGGUGCACUUGAGAAUCACAUAAAAAAUCAAAUUUUCGAUAACAAGAAUUAAGAAUAAUUUAUGGAUAUUUCACUUAAUAUUACAAAAUCUUUAAUAGAAUCUCUUGAUAUGUUUGUUGAAAAUGAACCUUUAGAUGCUUAUAUUCAUGAAGAAUUUGGUAAGUAAGAAGCAAUUAAGUUCCAUAAAUUCAAGAAAUUACCUCCUAUUUUACUGAUUAAUCUAAAAAGAUAUUAAUUUGACGGAUAAGGAUUUACAAAAAUACAUGAUAGUUUCUAAUAUGACAACAUAAUCAAUUUUAAAGACUAUUUAAUUGAUGAGGAAGAUAAAUUCUAUGAAUUGUAUGCAGUAUUAGUCCACAGAGGAGAAGCAAUAAAUCAUGGCCAUUAUUACUGUUACAUUAAACCAUUCUUUCAAUCAUAAUAAUGGUUUAAAUUUGAUGAUAAAUUUGUUACUAGAGCCACCCAAAAAGAGGUAUUUCAAAAUAACUUUGGGGGAUAAUACUAACUGCCUGAAUAUAAUGAAGAUUUAGGUGAAGUUAUUGUUGAAUAGAAAAAUAACCCAGAAACAGCCUAUAUGUUAGUGUAUUUGGAGAAAAACAAUCCAGAUCUUUUGAAUUAACCUGAUAAAUAUCCUGACUGGAUUUUACAACAGGAAUAAAAGAUCAAUGAUUUAUAAUUUGAAUAAAAGAAUUAUAUCUCAACCUAUCUAUUCUCUAUCAAUCAUUUGAAUUUGAAUUAGAAAUAAUAAAUUAAAUCAGGAAUUAUAUUCCAUAGACAAGCAUCGAAUUAAUCAAUAGAUUUUAAUGCAGUUGAAGAAUUUUUUGAUUAAUAUACCACUCCUUUACUUGUACCUAAAACAAUUACCAUUCAGUAGAUCAUUGAUUAAUUAUGUGAAAAGAUCAAUAUCAAUAAAAAUAAUACUCAUUUGCUCAUUUAUAGAAUCACUUAACUUAAACCAAAUUUAGAAUCAGUAGUACUGAUGUCACCUCAAAAAUAAUUAACGUUUUAUUUGGCAAACAAGUGUUAUCAAAUGGGUUUGAUGUUGAUUUCAACUAACCCUGAAGAUUAACAAUUAAUCAAUAAUUAUUUAGGUUUGGAUAAGAUUAAACUUGAAUAGACUUAAUAAAAUGUAAAAAAUGUAAAAGAACAAAAAGUUAAUGAUAAUAAAUUAAUCAUUUUUGUUAAGACUGUGAAUAAUUUGGUUGUUUCAUUUAAAUAAGUCCUGCUUUUUAAUAAGGAGGAGAAUAUGGAAAAUUUUAUAAUGAAUGAAUUUAAUCAAGAACUUAAAGUCAAUGUCUUAUAUUAAAAUGAUGGUAUGCAAAUCAAAUAAUCUAGCAAAUUUAAAAACACAGAAUACUAUUAAGUAUAUUUGGAUUACGAAUAUAAAUUUUAGGCUAAAAUCUUUGAAAUUGAAAACAUGAAGGAAGUAUUAAUUAGAGUUGUAAAUGAAAAUCAAUGCAUUUCUUAAUUAUUUAAUAAAAAUGACUCUGCUCAACAUCUUUUGGAGUAUUUAGCUUAAUUAGAAGAUUGCCAUCCUGAGAACAUAUAGAUCAAAUAUAAAGAUAGAAAAGGUAAUUAUUAAGUGUUGCAAUAACAAAUAAUGAUUGAUGAAAUCAUUCAAUUUGAUAACAGCAUCGCUUAUAAACAGACAGUAGUUCCAGUUGGAGCCAUGAAAGAAUAAAUAAGUUUUCAAGCUGAUAAUUAAACUUACAUAAUUCAAAAGAGUAUGAGCUUUGGAGAGUUUAUGGAGUAAGAAAGCCUUAAGGAAACAGUUCCUUUAUUGACAUCUAAGAAAGAUUAGAAAGCAGCUUGGGUUUUAUUGGAUCAAAAUGCUAAGAUUUCAAAGACAGUAUCCAAGUAUAACCUAAAGUUUGUUAAACCACUAGUUUUGGGCAAUGAUAUAUAUGUAAUAUGUUUUUUGUAGAGUGUGGAAAUAAUUUUACUAUGCAAUCCAUUGAUAGUGUAGAUAUAAAAAACUUGUACUGCAGCUGAACUAAUAAAUUAUAUUAUUGAAAAUUUAAGUUUGAAUCCAAUAACUUAUAAAACUCAAUAAAUCUAGAUUAGUUAAGAUGGUAUAUACAGCACUGAAGAUCAGAAAACUUAAAAAUUUGAUUUACAAUUAAGGAUCAAAAUAAAUAAUUAAGAAAUCUCCCAAGAUAUUGCUGUUCAAAUAGGUUCUUUAUUCUCUGAAGAAAAACAAUUAACACUUGUGAUGACAUUUUUGACCAUCAGAGACACUAAGAAUGACAAACUCAGAUAAAAAGGUGUGUAAAUUCUAUGA